AUGAAACAUACCUGUGCUAUUCUGUCCGUCUCAGCAUCCCUCUUCGGUGCGUUACUCUUCGGUCUGUCUCUGGGGUUUUCUGGACCGGCCAUUGACACUAUGAGAGACAACGUCACAACCACCGAUGGGAGGCAUAUCCCGAUCGGUGAAGGGUCAUCCUUCUUCGUCCUCAAAACUAGUAACGAUGCUUCCUUAUUCGGUUCUAUGGUCAAUAUUGGUGCUAUCAUCGGGGCGCUUGGCGGUGGCCCCGUCAACGAGAAGAUUGGCCGUAAAUGGAGCAUCAUUGGUGCAUCCCCUUUAUUUUUAUUGGCCUUUCUAUGGAUCGGUCUAGCGCGCACCGCGUGGCAGCUCAUCGUGGCUCGUGUCAUUGUCGGCAUUGCCCUUGGCAUGAGCUCCUUCAGCGUGCCCACUUACAUCGGCGAAGUUGCUCCCACCAAAUACCGCGGUCUUUUCGGUGCUUGCAAUCAGCUUGGGAUUACUAUCGGCAUCCUCUUGGCUUAUCUCUUUGGGUUGGCUUUCCGCACCCAAGCCGGGUCGAUCGAUCCAGAAGCCACAUCAAGAACAUUCUGUAACUGGCGAACACUCAGCUUCGUAUACAUCAUCCCGGCGGCUCUGCUGGGAAUAUGCAUGUUCUUCGCACCCGAAUCUCCCCGUUGGUUAGCUGAAAAGUCACGUAUCGAGGAAGCCAAGGGGAUCGUUAUCAAACUGCGCGGAGGUGAUGCGGAAGAUCCUGUGGUCAAAGCUGAGCUCGUGGCCUUGGAGGCUAUCAAGUCUAAAAGAGACAGCGAAGAGAAGGGAUCCGUCAUGACAUCUCUGAAAGCAUUGAAUAGAUGCCGGAUGCAAGUUUUCAUUGGUAUCAUGUUGCAAGUACUGCAGCAGUUCUCUGGCAUCAACGCUAUCAUUUUUUACCAGACUUCUAUCUUUCAAGCCGCGGGCAUCGACAAUAAGGAUGAGGUAGCAUUGACNNNNAUAUGUCUCAUCAUGGUUGUAUUCGUAUUAUUUAUAGUUCCCGAAACGAAAGGUAAAACAUUUGAGGAAAUCCAGACUUACUUUCAUCACAAGUAUAGUGUCAGAAAUAGUGAUAAUAGACGGACUCCCACCGUUGUGGUUCUCUCCUGUGAGUGA